AUGUCUAACAUCUUAAAUCCCUGGCUGGAAUCAUGGUUACUGGAUACUAUGAAAGAUACGGACAUUCUUCCUGCGCAUGAAUUCAAGAGCCGUCCCUUACAGAUCUCUGAAUAUUUGACAUAUGAGCCUACCAUUCACGCUAAACUAUCAGACACUAGACAUUACAUCGAGGUUGAAUUUUCUCCUGAGUGUAUUCAACAUUUGGCAAGAUUUACGGACAAAAGACUUACUUCUUUAAAAGGUGGGAUUUUUUCCCUAGGGCAUUUCUCAAUUCACCUAAUACCGCAAGACUCGUAUUUAUUUCCAUGGCUCUAUGUUGAGUCAUUUAAUUUUUUUAGCUGCGAGGGCGUCAUAUUUGGAGAGCCAAAACCCAUCACCUCCUCACCGCUUUUUCGUUCGUUACUAUGCUCUCCAUACCUAUUUGCUCUUGCAAAUGAAAUUUAUGAACGUUACGAACACUCAGUCCUUUACGCACUCAGAAAACAAGCUACUAAUGGAGAUGUUCAAAAGCUUGGAACACUGUUUCUGCCGGAGGCUAUCGAAAAACCGAAUGAAAUGGCAUCAGAUUGUUUUCGAUGGAAAACAAUGAAUUGUUUAGAUGUUGCACAAUGUCUCAUUUCAGACGAGCAGUUGAGACUAUUGGAAACUGCGAAUGCAAAUACUAAUAUUGAUGUCUCUGUCACCAAACAAACACAAGAAACCUCUCCCGAUAAAACCCAUGUCAAGGAAGAAGAGGGAAUAGAAAUCUACUCUUGGUCAUCUUCACCAGAUCUUAGUGCAAAUAUCCCCCCAUUGACACUUUUCGACCAGCAAGAUCUUCAGAGGCUAGCUGAAGUCGAACCUGUGUCUGCUUCAACAAUAAGCGAAAACGAACUAAUAAGAAAAAUUGAUCAACAAAACAAUAAUGAUGCGACAGCUUCUAUUCCACAACCAGGAACAGAGACAUUUUCUCGAAUAAUAUCCUCAGUUGAAACUCAACAUGAACAAUUGGGACAGAUACAAGACCAACAAGAAGCUCCAAUCCAGAGACCUAUUGAAGUUCCUAAUAUUCAUACCGCUAAUUCGAGACCGCCAGACACUAUAGAACUGUUUGACGCUCAGGAUGACUCUGGAGAUGAUUUGGCAGAAGUAGAAGGGCUUAUAUUACUUCCGUCUUUAGACGAUGAGAAGACUGAGAGAAGAAGCCAUGAAACCGGAAAUAUUAGUCAAAAAGUUGAAAAUCCAGUCAUUAAGAAUACGCCGCUUAGUUUUGAGAAAAACUUAGACAUGUCCCAGCAUGAGCUGCGAUAUCUGCGACGACCGAUAUCAAAUUACAACUUUGAUCUUGGUAUUCAAGAUGAGCUUACAGCGAUGUAUGAAGACUAUGUAAAAGAAAAUGAGCAAUUGAGAAGAGUAAAGGGACGACGAAGUCAAUCCUUUAGUCGAGCUUCGCUAGAGAAGACGGACUCAGAAAAUGCCUUUCUUGCAUUUUAUCAAGACUGGAUUAGCAUAGCUAAGCACCGAACAGCAAAGGGAAAAGACUAG